AUGGAAGAGCAAGUCGAGGCACGUUCGCUGGCUUCGCUUAAUUAUUUGGCUGCAAAUCCACCUCAGUAUCCGAAAAAGCCAACCGAAGAAAGACAAAAUCCGAUCACUCUAUAUAUUUCGAGAGUACCCGGCACGAGGGACAUCAUUCUCUCAACCUUGAAGCCACAGGUUAAGAACGUUACAGCAGAAGACGUAGCCAGCUCAUUUUACUAUGUCCACCUGAAUACCCCUGAGGACGAGGCCCUCAUACCUCCUCCCGGCCAACCCAAGCCUUCAUCGUCUCCUAGAACGAGGGGGAGAGCUCAAGAUGAAAACGUACAGUUACCUCCAUCCGGAAAGGAGAACCAGGCCGGUGCCGGCUCUGUGCAGCUUCCGACCCGAACUACGGUCCAACAACCUGGUUCAUCCGCUCCUUUAUCCGAGCGGCCCCCACCAUCUCAAUUCGCAACACCAACGAGUCCCAUUCAGCGAAAACCUCUAGGGCCAAGACAAGGUAAUUUAGACUCUUACGAGAAAAGUCUACCGCCUGUGCCGGCCUAUAAUCAAUUUCCCGAUUAUCAAACUGGUUUACAUGCUGAUCAACCUCCUCCACUACCAACACGGCCUAGCGAGCAGCCGCCAACAUUACAACAACUUACUGAUCAGUAUGCUUCUCCAUAUGGUAACGGUCGAUCACCGUCGCCUAAAUCGCCAACUAGGCAUUUCACUCCGUUUUCAUUAACUCUCAUAAGAAGAGACCCGAGCUCGGGACAACAAUGGAACGUUGGGAAGGUAGCAUCAUUUCAACUAGAGAACCCAGAACUCAUCAGCGAUGACAAGUAUCACCAACCAUCCCCUUCGAUAAGCAUACACUUGGAGACAUCCGGCUAUGCUAAGUUUCGCGGCAUGCCUACCCACCCACCAACAGAUAUAAGAUCUAGCCUUGAUAUACGCCCUGAGAGCGCAUCUUCAGGAUCGCGGCUACAGCGGUCCGAGUUCCUUGGAUCUAACACGGCCUCGAAUACCUUUGAACGUCAAGUCAUGAUGGCAUACUCGAAAUCCUUCGCCACUAACUUGCGUGAAAAGUUCAAUCAUCAUCGCAGUCGCUCAGAAGAAGAACGACUAGGCUUACCUACCAUUCAGACUCAACACGGUCGUCACAGUAGCCAUGGGUCUAUUGCGUCGUUUGGCGGAGACUUUGACGGCGAUGCCCCUGUAAUUACUCAACCCGCACCGGGUCUCAAGCCACGUGGCUACGUAUUCUACAGCCCGUGGGGUGGCCGCUGCGAAUUCGUAACCGGAAACGCUGGGCGGAGUCUCGGGUGUAAUCAUAUCCUACCCACAUAUGGCGGCGGCGUUUCCAACCCUCUUGUAGACGGGCACGAGUCAGGGAACAAAAGCCAUAAGACCAGAGGGCAAUCAAUCAGCGAAUUGAGGUUCAAUUUACCUAGUAGUGAGUUGUUUGCCGAGAAGCGAUCUACCGAAGGAAGCGUUAGGGCUAGGGAUCAGCUACAAAGCCAAUUUAACAAAGUUUUCCACGGACUCGAACACGAUGAAGACGGAGAUUGGCACCUCGACAUGAGUCUAGGCAGAGAGAAAGCAGGCGACGGAGGUAACAGAGGAAAAAGAGCUAAGAUGGGGAAGCUGAUCGUAUUUGACGAAGGCCUCAAGAUGCUGGACCUCGUCGUGGCGGCUAACGUCGGGGUUUGGUGGACCUCCUGGGAACGAACGUACUAA